CGCAAAACAGCAGACGAUUUUUCCAGUUUUGCAUCAAUGAGCAACAUUCUUCGUACGAAAUGCGUUGUCAUUGGAGACUCGGCCGUUGGAAAAACAGCGUUGGUUCAAGUAUUUUUACACGACCGUACCUAUUUUCCAAAAAAUUACUCGAUGACAACAGGAGUUUCACUAUCGGUUGGGAAAGUGAAUAUCCCUGAAACUAAAGAUACAGUUGAAAUAUAUCUGCACGAUUGUUCUGGCAAAGACAUCUAUCAGGAUUUUACCCAAGAACUGUGGUCGGAUUCACCUUUGGCCGUCAUAGUCUUCGACACCUGCAGCAGUUCGUCGUUCGACAAUGUACCUUUGUGGGCCGAGAGAUUAUCUAAAAAAUGUGGCUCAAAUCAUCCUAUUGGAAUACUUGUGGGCACAAAGGCAGACCUAAAGGAGAGGCGCUCCGUCUCCUUGAAAGGGGCACAGGAAAUGGCCAAGCGCAUCGGAUUUCAAUACUUUGAAUGCUCUUCUAAAGAAGCAGAGGGUGUCCAAGAGCCAUUCUUCUACUUGGCAAGCCAGUGGCACAAGCUCGUAGAAAAGGAUGCGGCUUGAAGGAAG